AUGCAAACAAAUAACAAUUGUAAUGAUAAUAGCAAUAGAAAUAAUAGUUAUGGUAUAAUUCAAUCUAAUCAUGAACUAUCAUUUUGGAAAGUUUUUAACAAUAGAUUUUUAUUAAAAAAAAUUUUAAAUAGCAAAUGUUGUUUGAAAAGUAAAAAAUUUAAAAAUAUCACAUCAAUAAAAUCAAUGUUAAGAAAUAAAAACUAUCAAUUUUUAAAAUAUAAAAUAAUAGCAAAAGAAAAACUUUUUUACAUUGAAAGUGAUUAUAUAGAAGAAGUUUAUAAUGAUGGUGUUCCAUUUUCAAUUUCGUAUAAAGAAAAGUGUUUAAUUUUACCAGAAAUUACAAAAGAAAAAAAUGCCGAAUUUUUGAUCAAUUAUCCUUCAUCUAAAGUAAAAAUAGACCCCUAUGGAUAUAAUAAAAAAACUUUAAUCAAUGUUUUUUUAAAGAAUUACAUUUCAACAUCUUUAAGAUACACAUUAUUAAACAAUUUUCAAUUUCAAACAUAUUACCAUCAUGAUUUUGAUGACUGUCUAAUUUCUUCACCCCACUCUUCUAAUGAGCCAACAUCAAUCGAAUCAAUCUUAGUAUAUUUCCAUUUGUACUUUAAUAGUUUAAAAUUCGAGGAUUAUGUUCAACAAUUCAAUUGCGAUAUAAAAAACAAUAAAACCAUUCCACUAUCGAUUCAAAUUAAAAUAAAUCAUAUUACCCUAUCCAACAAUAAAGAGGCAUCAAUUAAAAAACUUUUUAAAUUAUUAGUUCAAGAGACACAAUCACUUGUUUUACAUGCAAUAUACAUAAAAAAAUAUUCAGAACCAAUAGAACAUAUACAUCUAGAUCAAGUUGACAACCUUUUAUUAAUUUAUAUAACUAACACAUUUAAUAAUAAAGUACUCAAUUUACUUUUAAAGAAAGGAAAUAAAAUCGAUUCUAACAAAUUCAAUUAUUGUGAAAAAAAUGCAUAUAAUAAAUAUAUGAUUAAAUUAUACGAACAGAACCAUGGGUAUUCAAAAGAUGAAGUUAUGAAAUUUAUAAGAAACUACACAGAACAGAAUUUGAUUUCAAUUGGGGUAUUAGAUAAAAAACUAUCAAAACUAAUAUUAAAUGCAAAUACAAAAGAGAUAUAUAGUGAAUUUUUAAAUAAUAUCUUCACCAACACUAACAACCGAAUGAUAUCAAGAGAUGCAUUUCCUGCGGAAUGGGAUCCAGUAAUAUCAUCAAUUUAUGACAUUGAGGUAUACACACGCAUUAAAGAUAGAUCGACGAUAGAUUGGUUAGCAAAUAAAAAUGGUGGCUGUAGUCCAUGCACUAAAGAUAAUCUAAAUAUCAAAUUAAACAAAAAUUACAUUCACUUUGAGGCAUUGGAAUUAUUAGAAUAUGCAAGAUACAAAUUCGAAUCAACAAUGAUGAAUAUUUUAGAUUCAAAUGUAAAAGAAAAGAAGAUUCACAUUUUGCGUUCAAACAAUAACUUAAAAUCGUUUGUAGAUGAUUUAAUAAUGUCAAAUUUUAAUGAUAACACCCAAUUAUUUGUGGAUUUUUUUGAAAAAAGGUUUAGAUUUGGACCCAAUGGAAGUAUAGAAUUUAUAGAUAAUGAAUUAAAAAAAUUUGAAGCACCUCAACGUUAUUCUCAUAUCAUAGAUUCAUCGAAAAUAUCAGUUAUUUUAAGAGCAUCAACAAAUGAAAUAGUAUGGUUGUUUAUAAGGCUUGUCGAGUCAGGGGAUCUACAUGCAAUUCAAUAUCUUAUAGACAAUUGCAGCGACCAAAUAUGCACUGUAACAUUAUGUGAUAACUCGCUAAAUUCAUCUCUAUACUCAUACUAUGAAUAUGAAAUUGUAAUUAAAUUAAUUCAAUUAUUUAUUACAAAUUUCAACAAUUAUAAAAUAUCAAAGGAUGUUUUAUCGCCAGCAUUACAAUAUUUAUUUAAUCAAGUAAUUCGAAUUGGGGAUAUAAAAAAAGAUCAAAUCAUAGAAGCACAUCAAUUAAUAACCAAUUUCGCAGAACUGGAACAUGGAUUAGAUUACUCUUAUUUUUAUCUAAAGGUGCUGUCACCAAUGGCAUCUUCUUUUAUAGUGGAUAUAUGCAUCCAAGGAUAUGAAGAAUUCUAUACUAUACUAUACUCUUUUCAAUUUGAUCCAGAUAUCUUAACAUUUGACUAUUUCUUUAAUCAAAAUGAUAAUGUUGACAAACUUGAGUUUAUAGAUUCAACAAUUACCGCUAUUGUCAACCAAGCAGGUUUUAGCAAAGCACCUCUAUCAAAACUAUCGAUACUUUUAGAACACGAUCCUCCAAGAAUCAAUUUAUUUAUAAAUCUAUUCAAAAAAUAUUUAGAAUAUAAAAAAGCAAAUCCAACUCCAACUAAAAAAGACUAUAACAGUUUUACCACAAAGCAAUUAAAAUUAAUGAUUCAUACAUUUGAUAUAGAAUCAUUUAUACAAUUAGAAGAUAUAUUAAAUACUUAUGGAGACAAACCAGAUCAAAGUAUUUAUAUAUUAUAUGAAGAGGUAUCGGAAAUAAAACAAAAUCAUUCGGUUAGGGAACUCUAUCAAAAAUAUUAUUGUUCAAAUGCAAACAUUGUCGAUUGGUUUGGUUCCAUAUUAUACAAUGACUACUCUCACAAUAGUAUUGCAAACUAUUUAUUAAACAAAUAUUCUGAUCAAUUAAAAAUAUAUUUGGAUUAUUAUAUAAUAACUGAUAAAAUAAAAACAAUAAAUUUUUCACAUAGAAGAUUAGCAAUUAUAGAUUUAGAAGGUGGCAAACAACCAAUGAUUUAUAAAAAAGAUGGUGAUAAUGAUCAUGAUAAUCAAUUUUCAUUUUCAGUAAUAUUAACAUAUAAUGGUGAGUUAUAUAAUUUUAAAGAAUUAAAAAUUGAAUUGGAAAAACUUGGUUACCAAUUUAAAACAAGAUCUGACACAGAGGUUGUACUUUUAUCAUAUAUUGAAUGGGGAGAAGAAUGUUUAUCAAAAUUUAAUGGAGUAUUUGCAUUUGCAAUUUAUGAUGAAAGAAAAUCAUCUUUAUUUUUAGCAAGAGAUCGUAUGGGUGUAAAACCAUUAUACUAUACUAUUAUUCCUGAUGAUGGUAAUACAAUUGUAUUUGGUUCUGAAAUUAAAGUAUUAUUAACACAUCCAUCAGUUAAGCCAUAUGUUGAUAAUGAAGGUUUAAAUAAUUUAUUUACAAUGGGACCCAUUAAAUCACCAGAUCAUUGUAUUUAUAGAGAUAUAAAGAGUGUACCUGCUGGAAAUUAUAUUACUUUUGAAAAAAUCCAAAAUGAAAAAGAUAAUAUUAAAUCCUCAUCACUUUCUAUAUUUCAAGAGUAUUCAAAUUUUAAAAUGAAUAUAAAAGAAUAUUGGAAUUUAAAAAGCUUUAAACAUACGGAUAAUCUUGGAGAAACAACAAUUAAAGUUUUAAAAUUAUUCAAACAAAGUGUUGAAAAACAAUUAGUUUCAGAUGAACCAAUUGGAUUUUUAUUAUCGGGUGGACUUGAUUCAAGUUUAAUUGUUGCUAUUACAUCAAAAGAUAUUCGUCCCAAUUCAAAACUAAAUACAUUUUCAUUAUCCUUUGAAAAUGAAGAAUCUGAUUUUAAACAGGAUUAUUUACGUAGAGAUGUAGAUGAACCAUUUUCUAAAUUAGUUGCAACAGAUUGCUCAACUAACCAUAAAACGGUAAUUAUUAAUUCAAAAAAUAAUUUAUAUGAUGUAAAUGUUUAUAACCCACUCAAAUGUUUUGAUUAUCCAAGUUAUGGUAAUGUUGAUACUUCAAUGAUUCAAUUAUUUAAAGAAAUUAAAAAAGAUAGAAGUAAUUGUAAAGUAAUUUUAUCAGGUGAACUAUCAGAUGAAGUAUUCUCUGGAUAUAGUUGGUUUCAUGAUGAAAAAGUAAUAUCAAACGAUACUAUUCCAACAUUAGUCGGUGUAGAAUUAUAUAAUGAUUAUAAUCUCUAUUUAAAAGAUGAAUUUUUAGAAAAAUUAGAUUAUAAAAAUUUUAAAGAUAGAAAAUUUAGUGAAUUAUUAAAUCAAGUUCCAUAUUUGAUGGAUGAUAAUUUAGAUGAAGAAAACCAAUUUCAAAGAAAACAAAGAAUAUUAUCUUACUUUUUCAUUAAAUACUAUGGCCAUUAUUUAUUAGAAAGAAAAGAUAGAUGCAGUAUGUCAAAUUCAAUUGAAGUACGUGUUCCUUUUGGUGACCAAGAUUUAGUUGAAUAUUGUUGGAAUAUUCCUUUUGAAAUAAAAUCAUUGGAUAAUAUUGAAAAGGGAAUACUUCGUCGCUCAAUUGGUAAUCUUUUACCAAAAGAAGUUCAAUAUCGUAGAAAAAGUGCAUAUCCUCAAUCCUGUGAUAUUAAUUUCUUUUAUCAUUUAUGUGAUCAAAUGGAGCUUGUAUUAAAUGAUUCAAAAUCACCAAUUCAUCAAUUUAUUAAACCUGAACCAAUUUAUCAAAUCAUAAAAAACAAAUUAAAUAUUGAUAAUCCAAAAAAAGAAAGAAAAUUAUUUGAACAUUUACUUUUAACAAACCAAUGGAUUAAAGAAUAUAAAAUAAUAUUCGUUUAA